AUGGAGAACCAGGUGAUAGUGUCAGACUAUUCUCAGAUGGACCGCAUCCUCAAAGAAGAGAGACAGUACAUUCUCAACAUCUGCAAGAAGAUUAAGGCAGGCUGCAACGUGCUGCUCAUCCAGAAGUCCAUUCUCAGAGAUGCUACCAAUGAGAUGGCCUUGCACUUCCUGGCCAAGAUGAAGAUCCUCGUGGUCCAGGACAUUGAGAGAACAGACGUGGAGUUCAUUUGCAGGACCCUGGGCUGCCGACCAGUAGCCAGUCUGGACCAUUUUCUCCCCGAGCACCUUGCCAGUGCCGCUCUUGUCGAGGAGAUUCCGAUGGGAACCAGCAAAAUUGUCAAGAUCACCGGCAUGGUGUCUACUGCAAAGACUGUGAGUGUGUGCGUGCGAGGUUCUAACAAGCUUGUGCUGGAAGAAGCUGGCCGCUCCAUUCAUGACGCCCUCUGUGUCAUCAGGUGCCUCGUCAAAACAAGGGCUCUGAUUGCAGGUGGGGGUGCUCCUGAGACGGAGGUGGCCCUGCGUCUAAUGGAGUACUCUCAGACUCUGAGUGGGAUGGAGGCCUACUGUGUCCGUGGGUUUGCCGAUGCAAUGGAGGUGAUCCCCUACACUCUGGCAGAGAAUGCUGGUCUCAACCCUAUUAGUGUGGUUACUGAGCUCAGGAAGAGGCAUGCUAAUGGGGAGAAGACGGCCGGGAUCAACGUGAGGAAGGGCACCAUAACUGAUAUUCUUGAGGAGAAUGUGGUGCAGCCUCUGUUAGUGUCCACUUCAGCCAUACAGCUGGCCUCAGAGACUGUCCGGAGCAUCUUGAAAAUUGAUGAUAUUUUGAAUGUACUUAGGUGAGGACAUGCUUAGUCAGCCAUUAGAACAGUGUACUGCGUACUAUAUAGGCAUUUAUAAGUUAACGUAUGCACAUACUAUGUAGUAAAGCAUCGUUUGUUAUUAUUAUCAUUAUUAUCUGUGAUCUUG